ACUGUUGAUCAGUUUAUGGAAUUGGAGAAAAGUGGAGCCUUACUAGAGAGCGGAACUUAUGAAGAGAACUACUACGGCACCCCCAAGCCCCCGUGCGAGCCCAGCCCUCUGCUGCUAAAUGUAACAGAUCAGCUCCUGCCGGGCGCCCGACCCAGCUCCAAGGGGAAGAGGAAACGGAACAAGUCGGUCAGCAACAUGGAGAAGGCCGGCAUCGAGCCACCCGAGGAUGAUGAGGAGGAGAGGCCUGUUGUCAAUGGCAACGGCAAUGGCAUCACCCCAGAGUCCAGCGAACAUGAAGACAAGAGUACAGAUGUCUCCUCAGGGGACGUCCCUCCCCAGACCUGUCCCCCCACCGAGACCCCCACCACCCCUAACAACGAGGUCCCCCAGGAGGAGGGGGGCGAGCUAGCCAAGUCGCCCCCCAAGCCAGAUGAGAAUGAGAUUGAGCUUGGCCCCCUGCCAGGCAACUGGGAGAUGGCCUACACAGAGAAGGGAGAGGUGUACUUUAUCGACCACAACACCAAGACGACGUCGUGGCUGGACCCGCGGCUGGCGAAGAAGGCGAAGCCACCAGAAGAAUGCAAAGAGGACGAGCUGCCGUACGGCUGGGAGAAGAUCGAUGACCCUAUUUACGGAAGCUACUAUGUGGACCACAUAAACAGACGGACACAGUUUGAGAACCCAGUCUUGGAAGCCAAGAGGAGAGUCCAGCAACACCAGCAAAUGCAAGAGCAGGGUCUGUCCUCGCUGCCCCUACCUACUAUCUACAGAGAGAAGCCCCUGUUCACACGGGACGCCACCCAGCUGAAGGGCAGCUUCCUGUCCACGGCCCUGCAGAAGAGCAACAUGGGUUUUGGCUUCACCAUCAUCGGAGGAGACGAGCCAGAUGAGUUCCUGCAGGUCAAGAGUGUCAUACCUGACGGCCCCGCUGCACAGGACAGAAAGAUGGACACAGGUGAUGUCAUCGUGUACAUCAAUGACGUGUGUGUCCUGGGCACCACCCAUGCCGACGUGGUCAAGCUGUUCCAGUCAGUGCCCAUCGGGCAGAGCGUAACCCUGGUACUUUGCCGUGGCUAUCAGCUGCCCUACGACCCCGAGGACCCGGGCGCCAGCGCCGGCGCCACCACCACCCUCCUCUCCCCCCUGGGCCUGAUGGAGCAGCGCCCCCUCCUGGUCAACGGACGCUCCAACUACGACAGCUACAUGGACUACAUCUCGCGCACGGCACGCUUCGUCCAGGAGCACGGUGACCAACAUCUCAACGCCCACCACCACCAUCAACCCCCGCCGCCGCCGCACCCUGGCGACACCCACCUGGACGGCUCCUCCCUGACGCCCGGUGGGCCGCACGGCGAGGACUCGGUGUCCAUGGCGUCAUCGGGGGCGACGCAGGCGGAGCUGCUGACGCUGACCAUGGUGAAGGGGGCGGAAGGGUUCGGGUUCACCAUCGCAGACAGCCCGACGGGCCAGAGGGUGAAGCAGGUGCUGGAGCCCCAGGGGUGUCCUGGUCUGUGUGAGGGGGACCUGAUCGUAGACAUCAACCAGCAGGGAGUGCAGGGCCUCAGUCACACCCAGGUGGUGGAGCUGCUCAAGGAGUGUGCCGUCGGGGCUGAGACAAGCCUGGUCAUCCAGAGGGGUGGAGGAGGUCACUAUUCACCCUGGAAGACCCCUAAACAGGUGUUGGAGCAGUGGGACGCGGCCCAAGGCCAGGGAGGGGGUCAGGGCAGCCCCCAGACCAGUCUGUCUGCCCCCGUUGUCCCCCACAACGCCCCCUUCCUGACCCGCCACCUCCACAGGGCCUCAGUCCCAGACUCUGCCCUCCCCGAGGGCUUUGAUCUGAGCAGGCCCGACCCCUAUGACCUCUAUGAGAAGUCCAGGGCUAUCUAUGAGAAUAGUAGGCAGCCAGGCCUGCCGCGGACCAUCUUCUCUGUGGACCACUCAGGGGCAGAGUACCAGGAGGUGGAGGUCCACCUGAGGAGGCAGAAGUCUGGCUUCGGCUUCCGCAUCCUUGGGGGAGACGAGGCAGGACAGCCUAUUCUGAUUGGGGCCAUCAUAGAGAAGAGCCCUGCGGACAGAGACGGGCGGCUGCGGCCAGGCGAUGAGCUCAUCUUUGUGGAUGGGAUCCCGGUGGCGGGGAAGCCCCACCGCUACGUCAUCGACCUGAUGCACGGCGCCGCCCGCAAUGGACAGGUCAACCUCACCAUCAGGAGGAGGCUACAGGGCCCAGGAGAGCCGUGUCCAGAGAACGGCCGCAGCCCCGGCUCUGUGUCCACCCAGCACAGCUCCCCACGAAGCGACUUCACCAGUGCCACGUAUCCUUGCAACAACGCAGCCCCACCCACUGACGCCAUGGGUACAGGUAGCACCACAGACGGAGAGCCGACCUCCAGCGUGCAGCAGCCACCGAGUGAUGUCAUUAUCCACCGCAAGGAGAGUGAAGGGUUUGGAUUCGUCAUCAUCAGCUCGCUCAACCGGCCCGAGACCGCCAGUGCCAUCAGCGUGCCCCAUAAGAUUGGGCGUAUCAUCGACGGCAGCCCGGCGGACCGCUGUGGCAAACUGAAGGUGGGUGACCGCAUCCUGGCGGUGAACAGCCAGUCCAUCAUCAACAUGCCCCACGCCGACAUCGUUAAGCUCAUCAAGGACGCCGGCCUCAGCGUCACCCUCCGGAUCAUACCACAGGAAGAGCUGAGCCCAUCAGCCCCUAGUUCACAGAAACAGAGCCCAGCAGUGACCCAGCAGCACAGUCCUCAGACCCAGCCCAGUCCCACCGUGGGCCAGCCCAGCCCUGCUGUCACCCAGCCCAGCCCUGCAAGCCCCAUCACACAGACCCCAGCCCCCACACCCCAGAUCUACACCCACGACAGCAGUUACAGGUCAGAGGUGAAAGCGAGGCAGGACGUGAAACCGGACAUCCGGCAGCCUCCAUUCACAGACUACAGACAGCCCCCGUUGGACUACAGACACCCUCCUGUAGCAGACUACCGCCAGCCGCCCACCCUGGACUACAGACACCCUCCUCUGAUGGACUACAGACAGCUGUCCACUGACCCCAGGCACUUCCCUAUGCCUGUGCCCCACGACUACAGACAGAUCCAGCCACAGAUGCCACAGGACUUUGACUUCUUCACCGUGGAGCUGGAGAAGAGUGUGAAGGGGUUUGGCUUCAGUAUCCGUGGAGGGAGGGAGUACAAGAUGGACCUGUUUGUCCUGCGACUGGCCGAGGACGGACCCGCCAUCCGCAACGGGAGGAUGAGGGUAGGGGACCAGAUCAUUGAGAUCAAUGGGGACACCACCAGGGACAUGACCCAUGCCCGGGCCAUCGAGCUCAUCAAGUCAGGGGGCCGGCGGGUGCGUCUGCUCCUGAAGAGAGGCACAGGGCAGGUCCCAGAGUAUGGAAUGGUACCUUCCAGUCUCUCCAUGUGCAUGAAAAGUGACAAGCAUGGCUCCCCCUAUUUCUUCCUAAUGGGCCACUCUAAAGACACGCAGACAGUACCUCCCCCUGGGAUGCACGCCCUUCAGCCUCCCCAAGUCUGUCGGAAGUAGCCCUGCCCCCAGACACUCUGACCAUGCCAUCGCCCUCAUCUCAUCUGACCCCGCCCCAGCAGCCACCAGGCCCUGACCUGGCUCACCUGCCAC